GUACAGAUAUAUCAAUGGAGAGAAGUGAUGACGCAGAAGAAUCGAGCUGCUCCAAGAUCGGUCCAAACAUCUCUGCUCAAACAGAGGAGAAGGACUGGCAGCAGAUGUUACGACUGGUGAUGCUGCUGCAGAAAGAAGGAAACUUCCUCAUUAAACAAAAGUGCCAUGAAGAGGCUUCUGCAAAGUUCAAAGAGGCCUUAGAAUACGUUGAUGUCCUUCAAAAUAAGGUAUACCCACAGAGUGAGGACGGGGAAGCUCUGGAGAGAGUGCGACUUCCACUGACUCUCAACCUCAGCCAGUGUCUGCUGGAGCUGCAGCAAUAUCAGGAAGUGGUCACGCUCAACGACGGCGUGCUUACCAAGCAUCAAGGUAACUUUAAAGCCGUGUACCAGCGUGCACGAGCACACGCUGCCUUAUGUCACGAGGCGGAAGCACAGAGAGAUUUUGCCGUCGUGGAGCGCUUGGACGCCAGCUUCAAACCUUUUGUAUGCCAGGAACUAAAAAAGCUUGGCGAGAGCAUGCGAGCCAUGCAUACCCGCCAAAAUAAGACUUACUGGGACGCGUCAGAGGAGAAGUGGGGGCCUGCGAGAAGCAAGGCCAAAACUGCAGUGUUAAAGGCGCGAAAGAAGAAAGUCAAAUCUGCACAGCAAGUGAAUGACGAAAAAGCUGAAAUGAAGGAGGAUGACGGUGAGACGGAGGAGAAGGAGACUGCUGAGGAACCAGCCACCAGGGCAGAAAGAGAGGAAAACCCAGAUGUGAAACAAGAUACGAGUCGUAAUAACGAGACAGAGUGUGGGAGGUCGAGCGGAGAGGGGUUAGAUAAUGAAAAUAUAGAACGCGUUGCGGUUCAGGUGGAUGAACAGGGUGCAGCCGAUAAUAGAGAAUCAGAUACAGAUAGUAAAGCUGCGACCACCAGUACAGGCAAAGAUAACGCACUGAGCAAGAGAUCGUCGCUCGCUAAAGCCAGGAAAAAGGUCAAAUGCCAAUCACCUGCUGCACUCGGUGUGAGCGAAACAAGCUGGGAGAAUGACACGGGAAACGGCAGCACUCAAUCAGAACAGAACAAUGGCUAACAAAUAUCAUCUUCCACAAAGUGAGGGGCUGCAGCAAGAGAGAGAGAAA